UGAAAGUUGAAAUAUUAUAAUAUUAGUAUUGUUAUUAGUACAACUGCAAGUUAUAAACGAUAACGGAUAAGGCAGGCGGAAGAUUGCAUCAUUGUUGAAUUACUCUUAUUGCAAUCUUACUUAGUAUUACAAACUGUUACUGUAGUACUGAACCAAGCAAGCAUAUUGAUACUAAUGGCAGUACUAAAGUGUUGGCAUUAGAGACAGACAAAAUCUGCAGAAAAUAUUUAUACCUUCUGCAGAAUUGUGUAGCUGUGGUCAAGGAUGUUCACCAUUGUGAAAACUACACUAGUUCCAGGACAAAAUUUUAGUUAUUGAAAUGGAAAAGAAAAAAAUGUGGUAUGCUCUUCCAGAUUCACUUCUUGUUCAAGUAUUUUCUCAUUUAAAUGCUGUUAGCCUCGUGCAAGUUGGAACAGUUUGCCAGUCAUGGCAUAGAGUAUCAUGUGAUGAACUGCUAUGGAAGAAGCUUUUUCACAGAGAUUGGAAAAUUGAUUCAAGUAUUCCAAUUGCAUCUGGAAAAACUUCUUGGAAAAGUGAAUACAAACGUCUUAAACACCAUACACCAGUUUUAGAAUCAGAAGUUCUUACUGACCAUACUCACCAAGUACUUCAUGUUAGUUUCUCGCACAAUGGUGAUAUGUUUGCCAGUUGCUCAAAGGAUGGUUACGUUAAGGUUUGGAACACUACUUUUCCAGCAUCUGUUCGGUACAGUUCUGAUAUGAAGAUGUACAGUUGGAAUUACACUCAGUUCUCUCAAUUUAAUGAGUCUGAUACUCUCUUAUUGGUCUCAGGUGUACAUUUUGGAGCUCACACAGCAUCUGGAGAAAUAGCUGUUUUCAACCUUUCAGAUUGUUUUACUCUUCAGUGCCGAGUUCUUAACAAACCUUAUGAUAUUUUUGGAACCUGGUAUACUGACGAUUAUCUUCUAGCUGGCCGCCUUCAUUUUCUUGGUCAUUUCAUAUCUUGCUCAGCUUUGUGGUUAAACAAGGCAUGGCAGGAGAGCGAUUCAGAAAAGAAACAGAUAGUGAAACGCUUAUUUAAGUUCUAUAACAAAAGUGCUAGUUCUAUUAGAACCAUAAUGAUAGCUAAUUGUCUUCAGUCUGAAGAAUCCAGUGCAGAGGAAUCAAAUGGAGGCAAUAAACCUGUUCUUGAAUGUGGACAAAGAGAGCCUUCUACACUUCAUCAACUUUCAGAACAGCUUGUUAAGGGUAAUCCAGUCUCUCACAAUGCUCUUUCCACAUCUCAGUGGCCAGUCCCAAAUUCCAGAAGACGACAAAGGUCCACAGAAUCUAGUUCUAUGGAUGUGAAAGUAGACUUUAAUGCUGAAUGCCAGGAGGCAUGCACAGUUUACAGUCCAAUUCGAUACAGUUUAGAAUACAGGAGAGUGGAGAGUGCUAGAGAAGGAGUAGAUAGUGAUGAUAAUGAUGAUAAUAACAGCACAAGCCCUGAUUUUGAAGAUCCACCACUGCCCUGGGAUGAAGACUGGUUUGAAUUAAGUGAAGAAGAUGGGUCUGAAGUGAGCAACAAAAUUAACAUUUUCCAAGAAAACUUUAGGGAUAAUGAUGUAGAAAGUGAAAAAGAAGAGAGAGAAACAGUUGACAGUAUAGAGGAAGAUUUAAGUGGAGAGAAAUUAUUGGAUCCACGAGAAAAGUAUUUAAUAUUCACUACAGGUUCAUUGACGUACACUCCUCAUCAAAUUGGUUUCAAAAGAAUAAAGCCAUUCAAGUUUGCUGAACAAGUCACAGAAACUGCUACAUUGUCCCAGAGAAUUCAAGAACGUCGAGAAAAACGCAAUGCUCCAAGUGUUUCUCCAAAUUGGCAGGAUGAACAUGCAAUAGCUGAUCACUUUGAUAAGGUUGACCACAUCAUUGACCUUCAUGGACAUAUAAUUGGGAUGGGUUUGUCUCCUGAUCAUAGGUAUUUAUAUGUUAAUAGCCGCCCUUGGCCCCAAAACUAUGUUAUUGAGCAACCCUUGUUUCCGCCACCAAUUGCCCAAGAAAUUGACAUUCAUGUGAUAGACCUUGUGACCUUAAAGGAAGUAGGAACAAUGCUGAGAUCUCACAAAGCUUAUACUCCAAAUGAUGAGUGCUUUUUUAUUUUUCUGGAUGUGAGUCAGCAGUAUGUUGCCAGUGGAGCUGAAGACAAACAUGGAUACCUUUGGGAUAGGCAUUAUGGUAAUUGCCUUGCUAAGUUACCCCAUACAGAUGUUGUGAACUCUGUUGCAUUCAACCCAGCUGAUAAUGAGAUGCUUGUCACAGCAAGUGAUGACUACACUCUGAAAAUAUGGAGAUCAAAGAACAGGAUUCAGCAUCUAAAUAUCCAGAAAAGAGUCACAGCUACACAAUGGGCUCUCUGUGCUCCAUCCACUGUGUAGAAUCAAAUCCCAUAUUUCAGCAUUGCAAGUCCAUAAACUUAAUGGUGACCCACCAGGGAGGGAAGUGGAUUAUAGUGUGUAGGAGCAGGUUUUCUGUCAUGUUUAUUCAACACUCUAAUUAAUUUGUGAAGGAUUAUAUAUUUUCCAAAUUUAAGUGUUUCUUCUGCUGUAUGAAAGUACAAAGAUUUGGAAACUUACUUUUAUUUUACACUAUAAUGACAAAUCUUCUAUAAAAGUAUGAUAAAACAUAAUGUAUAAAGACUGGAAGCAAAGUAAUUUAAUAUGUGAAUAGAAUGAGAAAUAUAUAUAGAUUAUAAAAUACUAAAAGGCUAUACUGGCUCAGAACCUUUCAAAAUGAUUUAUUUUUGAAGUUGUAUCAUUAUUCUAUCAUAGAUGGAUAAAACCUACUACGUAUUAUUAUUUAUGCUAAGCUGCUACUAUUUUUGCUUAAUUUCUUCUAAAAUUACAGUUAUUUAGAAACUUAUCUGUAUCUUAAGUAUUUUAUGUGUUCUACAAAUAUAUAAGUUUGUGCAAACUAUCCUGCUGAUCUCUGGCAUGUUCAGGAAGAAAUUAGCAAUUAGCAGCGAGUAAGUUGGCACAUAUACCUGCCCUACAAGUACUCAGUGUUUUGGAAUAUGUCAUUCAUUUACUGAAAACACGACAAUUUUGGGGAAGCUCUAAGCUAGUUAACAGUAUGGUCAAUUUUUGCUUUUUACAAUAAAUUUAUUUUCGAUCUAAAUUGGAUUUCAAAAAUAAGAUGAAAGCUGAGGUGUUUUUUUUGUCAGUUUACUAAUUUUUAAUUGAGAUAUCUUCUAAAAUGAAUGAGAUAUUCCAAAAACAUUGUAUGUAUUCUCCAGGCAGGCACGUGUGCCACCUUCAUAUAUUUAAAAAAGUAUUAAGAAUGAAAAGGAAAACUGCAUUUAAAGCAUAAAACAUAUAAUGCCAAAAGUUUGUGAAAACAUAUAUUCUUUAUAAGUGGCAAUGUAACUGUCUAAAAUCAAAAAGUUGAAAGAUACAAGUAUAGAAUAUACUCAAAUAACUAACCCUUAAAUAAGAAAGUUUUUUUUU